AUGUAUACCCAAACCUCUCAACUCACAACCGCUCUCGCUAUCCUCUUCACUCUCACCACCGCACUCCCUGCUCCUCUAGACACAAAUACAAAAACAGCUUCUUGCUCUACCGCCACGGUUGAUUCCACAUGUAUCGAUACCUACAACACCUGCAUGACGGCCGCAUCUGGAGAUAAUGACGCGAUCGCAACGUGCGCACUCACCCUCUCCACCUGCACAAGCGCAACCGCGAAGAGAGAUGCGGAGACCCCGGAGAAAAGAGUAGCAACCGUGUGUACGAAUGGUGCGUGGGGAAGCGUGGCCUGUGUAGGCGCGUUUGGAAUGUGUAUGAAGACGGCGGAUGGGGCGGGGGAGAUCACAAGUUGUGCGUUGGCGUUGAGUGCGUGCGAGGUGGGGGUUAAUACGAAGUAA